AUGCCUCAACGACCUACCUACCGACCACGCAAGUUUUUCUGCACCAACCCUAUCAAUGCUCAGUGUCGCAAGGGAUUUUUGACUCAUGCAGGCCUCGCCAACCACAGAAACACUGUGCACACCAAUUUAGUACUACCCCCUUCUCGUAUCCCUCAACACCAACCGCAGCCCACGGAGCAUCAUCACUUCGACAACAAUGUUGGUCAACAACCCGACACAGAUGUCGAUAGCAGGAGCGACUCCAACAAUGCACCUCCGCUGAAUGCAUACUUUGUACGGCACUCUGUGAUUGAUGGAACUCCUUGUGAUAUGGAUGGCAAUGACCUCGAUGGAUCACAACCUCUCCCUCACGAGAAGCCAAAAUCACCAUGGCAUCCAUUUUCCAAUCGAGGUCACUUCUCCCUCGCUGAUUUCUUUGACGAGCUGAUGCACAUCUGGGCCGAGGUCAAUGGGAGUGAGGGCGGAAGUGGGAAGCCCCCUCCAUAUGCUAACAAAAAAGACCUCUAUGAUACCAUUGAUGCGAUAGAUCAGGGCGACGUACCCUGGCAGAGCCUCACCGUCCAGCAUGGCGACGCGAACAGUCUCACUGGUGACCCGUCAGCACCUCAAUGGAAGCUUGCUGAAUAUGAUGUGUGGUUUCGGGACCCACGUAUGUUGCUGCGCAACCAGUUGUCAAACCCUGACUUCAAGGAUGGUUUUGACCAUGCUCCACGCCAAGUGUAUGGUAACAACCAUGAGAGGGUCUUCGGUGAUUUCAUGUCUGGAAAUUGGGCGUGGAACCAAUGUAAUGAACUGUCAGAGGACCCCGAAUGUCACGGCGCAAUGUUCGUUCCUGUCAUCUUGGGUAGCGACAAGACGACCGUGUCAGUUGCAACUGGAAACAAUGAAUACUAUCUGCUGUACAUUUCAAACGGAAACAUAUGGUUUUUGGCUAUCCCUAAAUCUGAUCGAGAACAUCAAAAUGAUCAAGAAUUUCGCGACUUCCGCUGUCACUUGUUCCACAGGUCACUGAAGGCAAUUCUCUCAUCACUUCAACCCGCAAUGACUACACCAGAGGUGACAUUAUGUCCUGAUGGACAUUACCGUCGCGCAAUUUAUGGGCUCGGACCAUAUAUCGCCGAUUACCCCGAGGACACGUAUGCAUGGAAAGUGUUAUGGGACAACUGGGGGAUCGUCGAUGAUAUUAUGCCAUUUACAGCCUCAUUUCCUCAGGCAAAUAUUCAUGAGUUGUUGUCACCCGAUCUGCUCCACCAGGUGAUUAAAGGUUUGUUCAAGGACCACCUUGUUACCUGGGUCGAAAAAUAUUUGGCGAAGACAUUCGGAACAUCUAAGGCUGCAGCAACGAUGGCUGAGAUAGAUCGAAGAGUUUCUGCUGCUCCGUCGUUCCCUGGUUUAAGACGCUUCCCUGAAGGUCGACACUUCAAACAAUGGACAGGUAAUGAUUCAAAGGCCCUGAUGAAGGUAUUUCUUCCUGCGAUUACCGGCCUUGUUCCAGAUCAAAUGGUCCGAGCCAUUUCCGCUUUUAUGGAAUUUUGCUAUCUCACACGUCGUUCUACCCUCAGUGAGGCUGACCUAGAUGCACUGGACGAUGCUUUGGCUCGGUUUCAUAAAGAGCGCAACAUUUUCAUUGACUCCGGUGUCAUGCCAGAUGGAAUAUCACUUCCACGCCAACAUGCCUUGACACAUUAUCAAACACUUAUAGAGCUUUAUGGUGCCCCAAAUGGCUUGUGCUCGUCGAUCACGGAGUCGAAGCACAUCAAGACCGUCAAGAAACCCUGGAGGCGCUCGAGUCGUCACCUACCUUUAGGUCAGAUGCUCUUGAUCAACCAGCGACUCAAUAAACUUGCCGCAUUCAAGUCUCACCUUGCUGCCCACGGAUUCCUAAACCCAGCCUCAUUGGAACCUGCUGACAUUGAUCAAGAUACUGAACUCACUAGGAUUCAAGCAUCUGUAGAACUGGCCCAGACUCGAGCAAUGGAGUACCCUCAUCGGCUUCCCAAAAUUGCUGCAUUUAUCAACUGCCUGAAUCUUCCUGAGCUAGUGGGCCGCUUUCUAUACAAUCAGCGCAAUCCAAAUGCUUCCAUUCAAGCAGCUGAUAUAGUAGAUGGGAGAGUAGAUGUCUUCAACUCGGCUGUUGCAACAUUCCACGCUCCAAGUGACAUCUGUGGAGUUAACACAAUGCAGCGCCAGCAUAUUCACAGCUGCAGGUCUUGGUACAAUGGUCCUGCUCGACAUGACUGUGUAUUUGCUGAAAAAGACCCCUCUCUCCCCGGAUUUCAGGGCCUAUAUGUCGCUCAAUUCGCUCCUAUUGGCAAUGAGCCAUGUAAAUCCACUGGCAUGUGGAUGGUAGAACCUGAAUUGGAUGACGACAGCGGUGAGCGGCUUGUGUCCGUCAUUCACUUGGACAGUAUCAUGUGUGCAGCACACCUGAUAGGUGUUUAUGGUUCACAAGACAUUCCCCAUCAUCUCAAACACACUGAUUCUUUGGUUGCUUUUUCAGCUUACUAUGUUAAUAAAUUUUCAGAUUAUCACGCUUAUGAAAUCGCUUAUUAA